GCAGCCUAAAAAUAUACGACGAUGGAGGUGGUACCCGGCGACGGCGACUCGGCGGCGAUGUCCGCGAGAUUGCGAAACGAACAUGCCAACCCAGCAGAAGCAGCCCCUGACCCCGUCCCCAAGAAGGACGGGAUGUCUCCUCCCGCUUGGGACAACAACCAGUUUACGUGCAUGAUGCAGUCAGAGCUACUGUCGUACUCGUUGGCCGUGUCCGUAGGUCCUCUGGCCAAAGUCAUAGAGGUCUUGGGCACAACGCUCCACAAGCAUGACGACACGCUUCAGCAUUUGCUCGUGCAGUCUGUCGAGAACGCGGACCACCUCGCUCAAACGAACCAGGUUGUACGCGAUCAAGCCGACGAGCUGGAGAAUCACAUGCAAGACGCCAUUCAAAGCCUGCGCGCCGACUUGUUGGCUCUCAUCCAUCCGCUGGAAGCCAAGACCGCCGCCGCGGACGCCGCCAUCCAAGGCACCGCGCAGCAAGUGGAGGCCCUUCGCAGCAGCGCCGCUAUGAGCGACGAUGGAGGCGGCAGCAGCAGCAGCCGUCGACCGGACGAAGGUGCCGUGGCGGAUCUGGCGAAGCGCCUGGACGAGCUCGAGGUGCGGCUCGGGCGCCAACAGGAAGCAACGAAAGACGAACCACAUUGGAAGAACGAGAUGGAGCAAUCGAUGCAGGCGCAGCUGAACGCCAUGCAACAGUACAUGCAGUCCGAGUUCGACUCGGAGCGCCAGCGCAUUCAAGACAUCUUGAACAGCCACGACAAUAACUCGAUCGGAGGGCGACAAGGAGAGGGGAAGCAGCACUCCAUGACCCCCCUGCCCCCCCUCCAUCGAGCACAGAGCCACCCGUCCGGAUUACAAGCCGACGCGCCGGAUUUGCCGUCAAAGUCUAAUGCGGAGGCAGCUCACAAGUCGAAUGCGAUGGAUGGCGUAGCCAAUAUUCACCAACGAUUGGACCAGGAGGAGCAGAUGCUCGAAGCCUUACGCCAGCAAUACGAGGCUCUCCAGGAAAUCGUCGAUCAGGUGCAGGCCGACACCAGACGGUUGGCCGAGCGGUUGGCGACGGGUGGUAUUGUUAACAUCAGUGACCCUAGCGAAGUGACACCGCUGGUCGGGUCGUCGUCGUUCCCUACCAUUGCGAUCGAUGACGUGGCAUCCCCACACAACGGCGUGAUGGAGAUGGAAGUGACCCGCCAAGCGACCGUUCUCGAUGGUCUCAACAAGGACGUCCGCGACUUGCAAGCGCAGAGGUCGGCGCGGCAACGGGAUCUGGACAAACACUUAAAUAGUGUGGACAAGCACCUUCGAGAUUUGGCCGCCGCCGACGUUGUGCACACGUCGCUCAUGGACACGCACAAAACAUCGGUGCAAAAAGUCAAAGCCGACGUUGCCAAAGUGGCCGCCGAUUUGCAAUCGCUUGUGGACAAUCAGGCAUUGAUGCAAGGGUUUCAAAGCACGACUGGGGGAGCGCCAGAUCUGUCGAUGGUGUUUGCCAAGCUCGCGGAAAUGCGACAAGCGCAGACGGACGCCACCGCGACGCUCCAAGCCAACUUGGACGCCCUUGUCGAGCGGCAGACAAUCCACCAAGACGGAUUGGACGGUUUAAUCAGCAAUGUGGACGUGUUGAAUAGCAAAGUGGGCACCCACGACAGCGCCCUCAACAGCCGCGACGACCGCGAUGCCUCUGUGGCCAAGCUGAUGGCGCGGCAGUUGGAGGCGCAAGUGAACUAUCAAAAGGACGCGGUGCAGCGGGGGCUCCACGUGCAGGAGCGAGUGCUUACGACGCUCUUGGACCUGAUGCAGCGCGUGGCGGAGCUGCGGCAGGACGUGGACAAGGGAGAGAAAGGCGCUGAGAUUCAAAACCUGUUUCAAGUGUUUCACCACAUGGGCCCCCAGAUCGCGCAGGUGCUGGCGCUACCGCCGUUGUCCCACGAGGCGUUGCAGCGCAUUGCCCAUGCCAUCGACGUAAAUCAUCUAGCACCCGAGGAGGCGCGGGGACUGGCCGACACGGUGAAUGAAACACAUCAGAUGCUGUCGAGUUUAGAACAACACAACAACGACAUGAUCAAACAGCAAGGGCACAGUCGGACCCAACUGGACGAGUUGUGGCAUGCAUGGAAUGCGAAAAUGCACAUGGACAUGCUGGGCAAGAUCACCAUCCUGUCCAAGGAAUUGCGGGAAUUGAUCAAGCACGGGCCAACUCGCCAGCCUUCGACGACCAACCACGUUGCAAAAUCGAAUCAAGGGGGCAUGUCGGACGCCGACUCGAAAGUGCUCGAGACGAAGCUCGUGUCGACGAAUCGCCGACUGAACGACAUCGAAGACACCCUCCGCGCCGUGAGCAAGAACCUCAUGGCGUACAAGCACGACAUGAACGACAAGGUCACGGCCGGCAACCUCUCCAAGCUAAAGUUUCAAGUGUUUUCCGAAUUGGCCAAGAUCCAUGCCGUGUUGGGAUCGGCGCGGUUCCAAGGAGGAGCCCCCGUGCCAGCCGCGCAAGUGCUCGACGACUCGGAGAUCAAAUCGUCGUUAGAUGACCAAGCCGAGCUGAUUGCCAGCUUGUGCAACGACCUCAAACAGUCCUUGGCGGACAAAGCCACCGACGACGCCGCCGCCGCCGCGGGCGGCGCAAGGCAUUCUCUGUCGAGACUUAGCAACGACAACGACCCGUUCAACGCCAAGCUGGAAGCGAUCACGGAAAAAGUCGCCGAGCUGUUUUUGAGUCUCGAACUGAACCGGUCCAACGCGCAGCCCCGCCACGCCAUCCCCACGUACAACCCGGCGCAAAUGCUCGACAGUUUUGCGCAAAACAUCGAGGCCAAACUGGCGGAAUCCCAAUCGCUCAACCGCAAGCAAAUCCACGACAUCAAGGACGAACUCAACGAUUUGGUGCGGCAGCGCGUGGCCAAGGCGCUAGAGUCCAUGCAAUUUGGUCCGGUCGAUGCUGGCGACGGCACCACGGCGGGAGGAAGCAAGCCCGUGGUGUGCAUCGCAUGCAGUCGCCCUGUCAAGCUGGAAACGAACAUCCAAGAUACGAUUCACGAUCGACUGCCAGCCGAGCCCAUGAUCAAGGUGCCGCACGACCCGGCGUUGGACGUGCCCAUUGACGAGCCAGGCGACGAGUAUCACGUGUACCGCGCGGGGUUUCGCAUGCCUUCAAACGACAAACGACACAACUUGGGCAAGAGCCUACUGCCGCUGCUCAACAGCAUGUCGCCCACAGCAUCACCAACGAAGCGCGCGAGGAAAAAACUCACGAGUCCCCAAACUACAGAAUAGCCCUUGAAAUACAAUAACAUGACACGUAAUUCGGCCAACA